AUGUUUUGAAGGGGAAAUGGGUUCAGAUGUCUUUGAUGGGGACGGAAGAGGGAAUUAAAUAAUUUAAAUCUCUUAUAUCUGGCAAUAUACAUUAAGCGACUAUCAACCAGCGUCCAUGCCGUAUCCUUGCUCCUGAAAAAUUCGACUGGAUAACCUCCUGGAUUCGUAAGACUGAAGUUUGAAACCUGUCCGCUCCUGGCUUUGUUAACGUAACGCUACAGUAGUCGUGCAGGGGACGUCUGUAAUAAAGUGCAGAAUAAAAGAAAGUACCAUUGACAUGAAUUGCUUGAAAUUGUAACGACUUGUUGUUUACAGUCCUGAUAAAUGUCUGGCUACCAGGCGAUGAAAAGCAGAGGGUUUCAGUCUGGUUUAUGCGAACAAAGGAUAUGUUAACUUGACCGAAACAGAUGUGUGUGUGUUAUCAAAAGCGUUUUCCAAAAGCGGAAAUCCUGGACUUGGUAUCUAGAAGUGGCCAUUAAUGUGGCUAGAGUUAGAAAAGCAUACGGAAGAAGAUGGCAGCAACUAAAGGCAAAGCUGGACUACAUAGUGAAAGCAGUUCUGGUCGGGAUAGUGGCAGGACAGACGCAGGCAGUCCCACGUUAUCCGCAGGGGCCGCAUCCCUGACCACCAACAGGACCUACACACUAGAUGACCUGGACACUAUUGCCACUGUUGGUACAGGAACCUUUGGAAGGGUUUUUCUGGUGAAGGAUAAAAAGACAAGAGGUUUCUUUGCUCUGAAAGCGAUGAAAAUCCCAGAUGUGAUUCGCCUGAAGCAGGAGCAACACGUACAUAAUGAGAAAGAGGUUCUGACGGAGGUGAACCAUCCUUUCCUUGUCAGACUGUUCUGGACACACCAUGAUGAUCGUUUCCUGUACAUGUUAAUGGAAUAUGUGAAUGGUGGUGAACUCUUCAGCUAUUUACGCAGCCGAGGGCGUUUCAGCAACAGCACUGGAAUGUUUUAUUCAGCUGAAAUUGUGUGUGCCAUUGAAUACCUUCACUCCAAAGAAAUCGUCUACAGAGACCUGAAACCAGAGAAUAUACUGCUGGACAAUGAGGGGCACAUUCGAUUGACAGAUUUUGGAUUCGCAAAAAAGCUCUCAGAAAGGACAUGGACUCUAUGUGGUACUCCUGAGUAUUUGGCUCCAGAAGUGAUCCAGAGUAAAGGUCAUGGUCGAGCCGUGGAUUGGUGGGCUCUGGGUAUUCUCAUCUUUGAAAUGCUUGCAGGGUAUCCUCCAUUUUUUGAUGAUAAUCCCUUUGGCAUCUACCAGAAGAUCUUGGCCGGAAAGCUGGAGUUUCCGCGGCAUCUGGAUUUCUAUGUAAAGGACCUAAUCAAGAAGUUUCUGGUGAUUGAUCGGGCAAGAAGGCUUGGAAACAUGAAGAAUGGAGCUGAUGAUGUGAAGAAGCACAGAUGGUUUAAGUCAGUAGACUGGGAUUCUGUGCCCUGUAGAAAACUCAAGCCACCCAUAGUUCCCAAGGUGUCUCACGAGGGUGACACGUCUAACUUUGACACCUAUCCAGAGGAUGAGUGGAAGAAGGACACACCAGUGCCAGCUAAGGAUUUGGAAAUUUUCAAGGACUUCUGAAAGGAUAUUCUUUUGAAUGAAUAAAAAGACAGGACUGAUGGAAGAUAAUGAUUUAGCUGAAGUUUUAGCCUAACCAUUCAGGAGACAUUAAAAGGUCAUAGUUGCAUUAUUAUUAUAGACAUGUCUUGCCUGCUUGUUCCCGAGUCCUGCACACUUGAGAAACGGAAACAGACUUCUUCUGAUCCUCAUUAAUGUGAUCAUAAUCAUAGUCAAACGUUUACCAAGGAAACAGUUCAUCACUUCAACCUCUUGUAUGAUGAGCAACUUGAUUCAACACCCUCUGAGUCUCUUAUAUUAUGCAAAAGGAAUGUUUUUAAAUAUCAUUUCAAAUAAGCAAUAUCAAGGUUCUUUAAGCUGGAUCAAGACAAUGUCUUUGCUUAUGCCUAAACGUGUAUGGUCAUGGUUUUGUUUUGACUUUAUACCUUAACAAACUUGCUGAAUUAGAGCUUUAAGCCUGACAAAUUUUAUUUCUGGUUAUCUGUACUUGCUGUGUUGAUCCAUUCCUCCCACAUGGUAUUUCUAUGUAAAUUUUGUAACAUUAGGGCUGUUUCACACUGCACUAGCUGUGACAAUGUGCUUUUAUACUGGCAGCAUUUCUCCUGCGUAACAAACCUGCCAGUCUAUACAAAAAAAAAGAAUAAUAAUAAAACAAAUAAUGCACACUAUUAAUACAAAUUAACAUUAAUUACCAAAAUAAAUAAUGGCAAUUAAUCUUAAAAUGGUCAUUCAUAUUUGAGACUACAAAAAUGUAUACUCUGAAAUGUAAUUUACAUGUAGCUGUAGGCCAUAUUUACAUCCAAAAAGUCAUUCAUCUAAACCAGAACCCAAACUCUAAACUGUAUCGAUAAAUUGUCACUUGGAUUCAGUCAUAAUUACUAAACAGAAAGUGCUGCUUGUGUGUGUGUGUGUGUGUGUGUGUGUGUGUGUGUGUGUGUGUAUGUAUGUGUAUGUGUGCGUGCGUGCGUGCGUGCGUGUAUGUGUGUCUGUGUUUUUUCCAGAUCGCAGGUAAAUAAUAACCUCCCGUAUUUUAUUUGAUUACUGUAACCUGUUGAUAUUGUAUGUAAGCCCAUUUCUGUCACAAGAAAAAAAAUGCUUUGGUAAAUCAAUUAUUACAUACAAAGUCAUAAU